AUGUUUGAAGAGCCGAAAGUUGCUGUGAAGGGCCUCCGCAAACCUCUGGUAGUGGCUGUAGCGGUUGGUUUGCAAACCAAAAUGUGGGGUCGGGAUGGUGUACGACAGUGCGAGGGGCAGCGUGUAAUCAAGAGCUACUCCAAAGCAUCCAUAACUAACUUUCACACCAGUCACUCUCGCACUUCUGAUCGUGGUCGCAUGUACACAGUCAGAACGACUAUGGGCCCGGCCUGUGUGGGUCAAGUCCAAAAAGAUGAAGUACGUUGCCAAGAGGAAGCAACAUAUGAUCAAUACCAUAGACAAGGCGAGAUGUCCAAUCUGUUCAAGGUGGUCCAGGCGACGACAUAA